AAAAAAUAAAGAAAAAUUAAGCUGCAAUCUCUUCUUGUGGUGCAAGAAAAUGGAGCAGACUAGCCCAGCUACAUUCACAUACACGCACGGCCCGAUCAACGAGCUCAGAGCCCCGUUUCGUUUCACCCCCAAAAAUCCAGAGCCGUCGCCAUCAUCAUCAUCAACGACGCAUUCGAAGGGAUGAGUUUUCUGGCGGCAAGAUUGGCCGGGAAGGAGGGAGCCUACUUCUUCGAGGAGUCGAAGCACGCCGUCAACCGCCUCGCCCAGAAAGCCCAACCCUUGAACAAGAACGCCGCCGCCAACGGCGGCAAUUCAAUCUCUCGCGAAGCUGAGGCCGACGUCUUGCCCGAGGUUCUGAGGCACUCGCUGCCCUCCAGGAUCUACUCGCAGCGCUCCGACCCUUCCUCCUCCUCCUCUUCCUCUCUCUCCAAAGCCUCCAAAUGGGCUCUCCGAUGGGACCCCGAGUCCGGCGGAUCGGCCGUCUCGUCCGACGCGUUGAACCCUCUCAGGGCUCAUCUGGCUAUGCCCCAGGUCACUUUCGGUCCCAACAGGUGGAAGUUGCCUCCUGCAGGGAGCUCGGUUUUAGCAUCAACAGCCAACGAGUUGCGACAAGAUAGAUAUACACAUGCCAACCCUGAAAAGUUGAAGGCUGCAGCCGAUGGCCUUGCCAAUGUUGGGAAGGCAUUUGCUGCGGCCACUGUCAUUGUCUUCGGUAGUGCAUCCAUAAUAUUUGGACUGGUAGCCUCCAAGUUACAGGUUCAAAAUGGUGGAGAUAUCUAUGUUAAGGUGAGAGACUUAGCUCAGCCAACAUAUGGGACGGUGAGAGAGCAAGUGGCUCCUUUAAGGACCUGGGUUGAGAACAUGUCAAGAAAAUGGCGUAUAGAAAGGGAGGACGACAUCAAGCAAAAGCCCAUGAUGAAGGAGCUUUCAAGAACGUUUGGGAUGAGGACUUCAAAUUGAUUUGUACAACGUGUGAUUACUUGUAUAACAAAUAGGAAAAGCUGCCAGCGGAGAUCGUCAUCUCUGGUGAAUAAAGGAAAUCGUGCAGAUUUUCAUUUUGUUCCGAUGUUUUUGUCAUGUUGUUCAAGAUAUGACUCAAUCACUUGUAAUGAAAUAAUGUCCUUGAUGGAGAAUAAAACGGUAGAGCUGACUCUGCGUGACA